GGCUGUUUCUUCUGGGAGUGUGAUUGAAUAAUCAAAUGGCGACGGAAGAAAAAGAGAAGCAGCAGUAUGCAACAGCAGCAGGGUUGGGAACCGGAGGAAAGUUCCGGAAACGCCCCUUCCGCAGGAAUCAAACGACGACGUAUGAUCGUCCGCCGACAUCCCUCAGAAACCCUAAUAGGAACGAUGGUUGGUUGUCGAAGCUGGUUGAUCCUGCCCACAGGCUCAUCACUUAUAGCGCUCACUCUCUCUUCUCCUCUCUUUUCCGCAAGCGACUUCCUCCCCCUCCCCCUUCUUCAGAACGGGAACAGGAAGCUAGGCUCAAUCAUCAUGAAGAAGCUACCUUUAUUGACAAUUCCUGUGGCAAGCAACAAGGAGCAGUUGGUGAAGGUGAUGUUCAAAUUAAUUGCUCUAAUGAAGGUGGAAUAACCGAGCUUGAGAAACUAUUAAAGCAGAAGACUUUCUCCAGAUCUGAGAUUGAUCAUUUGACAGCACUUAUGCGUUCAAGAACUGUGGAUGCACCAGUCAGGGAAGAAGAGAAGAAGAAAGAAAUGGAUCCCUCAGAACCAAUGUUGCCUUGCGAACAAAUGGAAGAAUAUCCGAAAACACCUGCGCUAGAAAACGGGAUUGAAAAUCGUCUCGUUGUCACCCCACAUGUUACUUCAAGUGUUCCCAUCGAGGAUGUUGCUUCCCCUGUAGAGCUUGCAAAGGCUUACAUGGGGAGCAGACCUUCCAAGGUUUCCUCAUCAAUGUUAGGUGUGCAAAAUCAUGUACUAAGGGAGGAUCCAACUCUUCUAAAAUGCGAAAACUUUCCUCCUAAAUCCCCUAUUAUGUCAAUUGUGCCAAAGGCUACUAGACAUGCUGCGGUUCAUGAAAAUAGUUUUGUGACCGCAAGAUCUCGUGACAGAUCUGCAAUAUAUAUUAUGGGUCGAACACCAUAUGCCAGAAUAUUCCCAGCCUCCACACUCAAGGGUGGGGGGCUUGCUGUUGAAGGUGAGCUGUCAUCUUCAACUCGGUCUGCAUUGGAUCAUGACAUGCUUUCUGGACCUAAUAAAGGGACAUUAAAGCGUAGAAGUUCAGCAUUGGAUAAUGGUGUAGGAUCUUUUGGUCCUAUCCGCCAAAUCCGUCACAAGUCUAAUCUUCUCUAUUCUAAAGGCUCAAGCUUACCUCUUUCUGGUAGCUCUCUAUCUGUUGCUAGAAGUGGAGUGGAUAUUUAUGCUGCUCAGCAACCUUCAUCUUCCAUGCAGAAGCCUCUUGUACUGGAUGAAGUCAAGCGUAGCCAUACAAAGUCAGAAGAAAAUGUGGACAAUACUAUACCUAGUAUGAGCUAUUCCCCUUUACCCUCAAAAUCGAGUGAGAUGACUUCCAAAAUACUUCACCAACUUGAUAAUUUGGUUUCUCCUAAUGAAAAAUCAUCCGAAUUAAGGUUACCAAUUGUCAAUGAUAACUCACCAACAAAGUUGUCACCUUCCAUGUUACAAGGACAGGCUCUACGAAGCAUGGAAAUGGUAGAUUCGUCAAAAUUGCUGGACAAUGUACAAGGUGAUAAAUUAGAUGGCACAUUUGGAAAUUUGUCUGCUAGUGCUCAGAAUCAGAAGUUAACUUCACAAAGAAAUAUGGUUGAAAAUGGUCAAUUGAAGCUUGUUGCUCCUUCUGAUGGAUUAGUUCCAGUCAAAAUUGCUACGGAUGCUACAAAACCAAUGAAUCAAGUCCUGUCUAGUGCAAAAUCUGUGGAUUCUUUUAUGAUAAAAUCUGUCUCUUACCCCCCAAAAAGGAAUAAGGCAUUCCAUAUGAGUGCACAUGACGAUUGUUUGGACGUGGAUGAUGAUGCUCAUCCUAAUGGAGCUUUCUCCUCUUUUUCUCCUGUUGAGAAAGAAAUAACCUUCUCCACUACCAUGGCUUUGAAAAUUACCUCUGGUACGGAAACCAUUGCACAGGAGAAUUCCUCAGCAUUAUUUGUAGUGAUGCCAUCCAAAAGUUUUACAAAAGAUGGUGAAGCUCGUGUUGGGACUGCUGAUGGGUCUAGGGCUGUUGAGAGGGUUGAUGUAUCAACCUCUAAAGCAUCAUUUAUUCCUGAUCCAACCUUUAAGCCAGCUGCAGUUACAGCGGCUAUACAAACAAGUUUUGGUUCCAACAAGCCAGCUUCAUCAAAUGGGUCAACUACUAAUCCUCCCCUAUUUAAUGUUGGGAACAAGGUGGUUUGGUCAACAAAGUCAACAGCUACUGCAGCUCCAUCAAAGGAGAUAACUAAAUCAGGUUCGAUAUUUGGUAUGGAAAAGGUUGUUUUAUCAAAGGAGCCUGGUGCUGAUGCUCCAUUAGUGAACUUUGGCACCAAUGGUAAUGUUUUUAAGGUACCACCAAUGCCAUUUACUGCUUCAUCAUCAGUUGGUGGUGAGUCUGCUUCUCUGAAAUUUGGUGCUUCUUCUGAAUCAAAGCUGGGAAGCUCAAUCAAUUAAACGGGAACAUCUCUGAAUGAUAAGCUCAUUGGAAGUAUAUUUUUCCUUUUUAAUUAUUAACUUUUCUACCAUUCCAUGUGUUUUGCUUAUGUAACACCCCGUGUAUACC